UAUACGUUUUGCCAUUUGUUAAGUAAAGUAAAGUAAAUGUAUGCAGCAUGUUAUUACCAAAGUAACUGCUGUAUCCGAGGGCACAUGAAGGCAUCAGCACGCCGGCUCGCGAAAGCCUGUGGCGGGCGGCAGUCAAACAUGUAAAGAUGGCGGAGCUGCAAAUGCUUCUGGAGGAGGAGAUUCCCGCGGGGAGAAGGGCUCUCCUUGACAGUUACCCCAACCUGGUGAGGGUCGCGGAGUACUGCGAGACCAACUACGUCCAGGCGUCGGACAAGCAACAAGCCCUGGAGGAGACCAAGCGCUAUGCCACACAGUCUGUGGCUAGCGUGGCGUACCUCAUCAACACGCUAGCUAACAACCUGCUGCAUGUGCUCGACAUCCAAGCCGCGCAGCUGCGGCGUGUGCACGGCGCCAUCAACCACAUCUCGCAGACUGUGGACGUCCACAAAGAGAAAGUGGCGCGCCGCGAGAUCGGCGUCCUGACGACCAACAAGAAUGCCAGCCGCGCCCACAAGAUCGUAGCUCCGACCAAUCGGGAGCGGCCGCUGCGCUAUGUGCGCAAGGCCGUCGAUUAUGGCGCGCUGGACCACGUCGGGCACGGCGUCAAGGGCUUAUUGAAGUUGAAGGUGAACGGGAACCAGGAAAAUAUGAGGGGGUCCCUUUCAAGCCCCCCUGGGACGGGACGCGCCAUCUUUGGAGGCAGCAGCAGAGAGAACAGUGGCAGCGGGCCUAUCGCCGUGGCAACGCCAUCCCCUCCUGCUGUCUUUCCGGGUGGGGUGGUGCCUCAGUUCUUCAGCAUGAACCGCCCCACGCCUCGCCAGCAGACCCCACAGGUGGGCGGUUCUCUACCCUACCGCCGCCCACCUUCUGUCGGCGGACAGCCUAUCAGCACGCAGAGCCACCAGGUCAACGGCGCGCCCGUCUACAAUGGGCAAAGCCCGGUGUCCCCCCCGACACCAUCCUUCAUCCCAUUUAUGCCUCAACUUCCUCUAACGGGUUUCGUGGCCCGCCUGCAAGGAUCAAUCGCAGACACGCCCACUGAGGAGACCACUAAGGCCCCUAUGGGGGAGGAUGCAGGAGAUUCAGCAGUGGCAGAGCACAGCGAUCCAUAUGAGGAAGGCGACCCCCAUUGGGCCCCCAGAAACUACCUGGAGAAAGUGGUGGCCAUCUACGACUACACUGCAGACAAGGAGGACGAGCUAUCCUUCCAAGAGGGUGCCAUCAUUUUUGUGCUGAAGAAAAACGAGGAUGGCUGGUUCGAGGGUAUCAUGAACGCCACCACUGGACUUUUUCCUGGCAACUACGUCGAGGCCAUCAUGCACUAUGCCGACUGAGAUUUUUUUUCUUACUGUGUUGUUGAUGUUGUGAAGUGGACCCAAGCGGACAUUUUGUCCACUUUUCAAGUUUACAGUGCCUGUGCAGUGUUUACAUCUAUACACGUUUUGUAUGUUCGUGUUCGAUUUUCUAUUAUUCUUGUGCAUUUGUGCCCUUUAAAUGAUGGAUUUGUGCCAUGCGUGUCAAUGAAGUUAUUUCCGCUCAAAAAUCAAUUCUAUAUUGAAAUCAGGUCUGUUUCAACUGUGGCAAAUAAAAUAUAUGCAGUAUAUAUUGUGAUAUUUCGUGCUAAAGCCUUGUAUUGUGUAGCUUCUGAUCAUUAUGUAUUGUGCUUUAAAAAUCCCAUUAGACAAACAAAAUGGCUGGCAAGCAAACUAUUGAUCUUGUUUAAUUAAUCUUUUUUGUCGUCCAUAUUCGCUGUA